CCUUGAAGAAAAUCUAAGCAACUACGUGGUUCAGUAGGGCACGUUCACUUUACUCGUCUCAGACCGCCCGUAUACAGUAAUUGCUUAUAAAAUAAGACACACUUUUAGAGGCAAACAUGAAAGUCUCAAGCAUAGAUUGCCGUCGCCUCAAGAAGAUUAUCAGGAAGGAAAGUGGAACCUCUCUCAUUGUGGAUUGUCGACCUUAUUUUUCGUUCUCGAACUCUAAUAUCAAAGGCUCUGUCAAUGCCAACCUGAACUCGGUUGUUGUCCGGAGAUCCAGAGGAGGGCCGGUACCUCUUCAGUUUGUCAUCCCGGAUGAGAAAGCCCUGUUACGGCUGCGAGAGGGGAGCAUAUCGGCAGUGGUUGUUCUGGAUGACCGGGCUCCGCACUGGCAGAAACUGAAAAAGGACAGUAUCGCACAGAUAGUGAUUAAUACACUCAAUAAUCUGGCGAGUGGGGCAAACAUCUGUUUUCUAAAAGGUGAGAAUUGUUACAAAAUUAUGAAAUUAUUGGACUAUAAAGCUCAAAAUCCAUUAUAAACUUUUUCAGUAAGUGCCCUGGGCUAAUUCACUGUAUGAAGUCACUUGAACACAAUGGCUAGGCUAAUAAAUUAUGCUAUAUUAGAAAAAUCACUCAUUAUAAAAACUAUAUUUCAGAGAUAAAAACAUGAAAUGGUUGACAUUCAAUAUGCCUUAUAACAUCCUCCCUUUUUGUUUAGAAAACGAUGCAUGUGUGACCCAUAUCCCCAUAUCUUCAAAGCAACAUUAUUAUUUUUUAAAGGCCUUGGUAUAGUUUUCCAUGGAAUGACCUACGAAGCAAAAUCAUUGUUCUAUUUGACCGUGUUGUAGCAACCCUCCCAUAGGAGCAAUACAUUUCUCAGGUCGAUAGAGAUAAAUGUCCUUUGUGCGUCAAAGGAGUGCAGAUGAGUCAGUGCGCGAAAGGCUUGUGAGAGCUCGAGAACAUCAUGACUGGUUGUUCUGAGAAUGUCCCAUGUGUGAAUGUUCACAAUGAAACCAUACAUUUUUAUAAUUCGUUUCGAACAUUUAUACCUCUUCCUUUCGACUAUGUGUCAGAACCAUUCAUUUAAAGUCUGGCAGAUUAUCACCUUGUCCUCAUAGACCUAACUGGAUUAUUUUAAUUGAAAUGCAGAUUAAUUACGAUGUUAUAAUAUGGUGAUAUGAGGUUAUAAUCCGUUAUAAACACAUAGUUUUCACCGCUUGGUAUGAGGCCUAAAUCUAGUUGGCAAAUGCUGACGUUCAUGACGCACAAAUAAACAUUUUAUCAUUAUGCAUGUCAGACAAAUCUGUUUUGGGUGUAUAAUUCCUUUUUAAAUUGUCCCCGAUGGAAUACAUUAAAUUGUAGGCUAUUGAAUUUCAUUCAAAUAUUAAAUGUAUUUUGUAUUGUUCUGUGUAUUUACCAGGGGGGUUUGAGAAUUUCCAUGGCCAGUACCCUGAACUUUGCACUGAGGUCGUGAAGCCUGUCGGCGUCGACCAGAACAACGGAACCGAAACUGGUAAAUUAAGGCCGAGUAUCACCCUAUGCUGUGAGAAACCGGGCUCCAACCUCAAACCAGAUUACGAUCAGGUAUGGAAACGAAAACGACUUCCUUUUUUUGUCUGCUGCCUAUUCUUUCAGGGUUAGGCGGCUAGCCACUUCCCCUAGGUUGGGUUGGGGUUUAGGGUUGAGGCGGAGGCUGCAGGGUUUUUGACUGAGUGGAACAUCCCUGUUAGAUAACAAUGACUGUUCUCUGUUAGGUUUAGUCAUACCGUCUUCUUGGCAAUUCAAAAUAGAUUUAUAUAGCCUAAUGUACUGUAUGUUCAGAGAUAUUUGUGGACUUGAUAGAGCACAUUUAGUUUCAUUCAAGUAAAGACAGAAUAAAAUCUAUUAGAUUUAUUUGAACACUCAUAGGAAAAACAAAAGACCCAUAUUGUCUCGCUGUCCUUAACCGUGCAGCUGUACAUUCAUAAUGAUUAUAUUUUGUCUAUGGAGUCAGAUAUGUUACUGACCAUUCUCAAAACAGUGGCCUCGAUCAUUCAACAUUCUCACCAACACGCUUGAUAUUAGCUUUGACCUUCACUGCAUCCCAGUCAUCAAGAGAAGAUGGCCACUAGUCAGAGACCCCCAGCUUGCAUCAAAGUCCUUUACAACCUUUUCAUCCCUGACCUUUUCCCUACCUCUUACACCAUCAUGAUCGGCUAACACAAUCUGUUUACAGUACAGAAAAUGUACUAUUGCGUCUUGCAACGUACAUACCUAGGAUCUUAAUUUGAUCACUCUGUUGCAGAAGAACUUUCCUGCAAUGCAGGAAAUGUAAAACUUGUAGUGUAUUUCAGGUUUAAAAAGGCUUCUGAAGUUUGUAAUUUCCACUUUGAAAUUUCACACUUGAUUUUCCCUUACGAAAAUGUAUCAAAACAAAAAUGUCCAUUUAUAAUAAUCCACAUAAUAAUUCACAUUUCCUGUUGCUGCAGGAUUAUUUUCCUGCUGUAGAAAACUGGCACAAAUUAAGAUCCUACAUCUGUAUUUAAACUCUACUCUAUCUCUGCCCCAUUGUUGUGUCUCCAGGGAAACCCUGUGUUUCAUGUACUGUAUCUCUGCCACACUCUGUCACUACCGCUCACGGUUGUAAUAUCACUUUGUUGCGUCUCCCCUCUAUCUUGGCUCACACACUGCGGUUCUUAUGUCUAAUAUCCCCCCCCCUUUGUUGUCUCCCCUCUCUCUUCAGGGCAAGCCGGUGGAGAUCCUUCCAUUCCUGUACCUGGGCAGUGCCUACCAUGCCUCCAGGCAGGACUAUCUGAGUGACCUUGGGGUCACGGCCCUGCUGAACGUCUCCAGGAGGGACACCAGGCCCUCCAAGGGCAACUACGACUACAAGUGGAUCCCCGUGGAGGACAACGUCACAGCAGAUAUCAGCUCGCAUUUCCACGAGGCCUUCCAGUUCAUUGGUGAGUGUCGUGGUCUGUGCAUUUGUCUCUUUUUUUCCUCGAUUUCUUCUCUGCUCUUUUCUUCUUCUCUCAUGGAAAAGAUGUGAUUCCAAGUCCAUUAACAGAGGGGAUGGAGCAACUCAAUUAAAAUAGUUAUUGGCUUCACUCCUCCUCACCCACUGCCAAUCUAAAAGGAGGACGGGCAACAACCUCUCACUAAUCUUUUAGCCUCAUCUGCCUGCCUGCCCUCUCUCUCUCUCUCUCUCUCUCUCUCUCUCUCUCUCUCUCUCUCUCUCUCUCUCUCUCUCUCUCUCUCUCUCUCUCUCUCAUCCCCAGAUUGCCUUCAUUCAGAGAACAGCUUCUGUGUGCUCCCUCCCCCUCUCCUCACUCCCUCCCUCCACCUCUCUCUCAUCCUCCCCCCUUUUAAGUUUAAAAAUAUAUUCUCUGCAGUGCCGUCAUUGCCUCCCGGCUCACAGUUAAUCUCACUAGUGGCUUAUUGCGGGUUAUUACCGGGUGUGGUCAGUUCACUCAGUCAGUUAGUCAGUGUGACAAAUGUUGUUGGCUAGCCCUACUCACUAAUGGUGCGUGGAGGGUUUUUGAAGGAGGGAGGCUGUGUUCACAGACACAAAGGUACACAAAGGUUGUUUAGUUAUUGUUUAUCUGGGUCAUAUUCAUUAGGGCAAACCGUAGCGAAACGUCUCGCAAUAGAAAAUGAAAACAAGCAUUUAGUGGUCAGGUUCAGGGAGUCACUCCCUCCCUGUUUGUCAUUUUUCUUCUGUUUGGUACCAAAUGAACUCAACCAUGGUGCGUAUGUUCAGAGACAGAGUCCCGAGGGAACAGAGAGUGAAUGUGUGAUAGAAAGAGGCUUGAAGUGUUGGAUAAUAGCGCUCACAAAGAUGUUGAGCAGCCUGCAUUUCUAUUUAUAAACGUUAUAUCCAGGCAUGGGCGAGGACGAGCUUGAAUCUCAUUCUCACCCACCAUUGAGGCCUCACCUGACCUGUAUCGGUCUUGGUGUUGCUGUUGUUGUUCUUUGUUUUAAGCCCCCACAUUUAGGCGUCUUUGUCUAAUGCCUGUAAGCAUUACGUAAGACAAAGAGGUGUCCUUCUCAGCCCAGGGCUGAAUCUUAACACAGGAUGCCUCCUUGAAAAAACAUGAUCUUUAAAUCAAAUCAAAUCAAAUUGUAUUUAUCACAUGCGCCAAAUACAACUGGUGUAGACUUUACAGUGAAAUGCUUGCUUACGAAGAUUUCCCAACGAUGCAGAGUUUGAAAAAUAAUUAUACAAAAUUAUAUAGUAACUAACACAAGAGGAAUAAGAGAAAAUAAAAUACACAAGAAUGGAGCUAUAUACAGGGAGUGUUCAGAUAUUCACUAACUGCAUCCAAAUCUAAAACAAUAGGCUUGUUUCUCUUUAUGAAGAAGACACAUCCCAAUUCCCAAUUCCCCAAACCUCUGAAUGAAUGCAAUGUGGUGGAGGUAGAAUAUUAUACUGUCGACCUACUGUCAACCAUUUAGCUGGAAAUAGAGGAUAUCAACCUCUUGGAAAAAAACAGCAGUCAAGAACAUCUUUAGCUGCCCUAUUCCCUAUAUAGUGCACUACAUUUAACCAGAGCCAUAUCGGUCCCAGUCAAAAGUAGUGCACUAUGUAGGGAAUAGGGUGCCAUUAGCCAGAGGAUGGGUCAUUAAAACACCCACAGGCUCUCUAGCUUCCUCUUAGACAGCCUCCCAGCUCUCCAGAUGGGAGCAGCUUCAUCAUUCAUUCAUUUGGUUUUCAUAGGAUCGGAGCUGUCAGAAACCAUCGCUGGCUGUUCCCCCCUGGGGCUCAUACAUGUGUGUGUGUGACACAGAUAGAGAGAAUCUAGGUUUGUGUGUGCACGUGUGUGUGCCAGAUAGAGUGUGUAGGAGAAUAAGUUCCCUCCUCUCCCAGCCGGGGUGAACUUAGUGUAACACUGCUCAGCUCCCCCACAGGCACGUGGGAGAGAGAGAGACACGGUCUCGUGUGCAGCUGUGCAGGGUGAGUCAGUGGUGGGCACAGUGUGUGUGUGUCUAAUCGGAGAGUGGUGACUGUGUGGCAGCAGGGCUCUUAUAGGGUCUGUGUGGGCGAGAAGAGAGGAAGAGCGAAGGGGUGGGGAGGCAGGUGAUGAUUACACACUGAAGAAUGGGAUUCAAUCUCUGCGUUCACACACUAAAAUAGCUCUGAGAGCACUCGUUCCCUGUGAGAAUUUAGCCAGAGUGGUUCUAUUCUAGGAUGCAGCUAUCCGUUUCUAUUCAAUUCUUCUAUAUUUGUGUUACACAGUGUAAGUGGCUACAUGGCCAUACUACAUUUCCAUACUACAUUUCUGACCAAAUGUGACAAUGUAUUAUAAUAGCUCAUGUUUAUCAUAUCAUUAACGUAAAUGUUACCGUUUUGUCUCCUCUCCAGAUGGUGUAAAGCAGACAGGGGGUAGAGUCUUGGUGCACUGCGAGGCAGGCAUCUCCCGCUCCCCGACCAUCUGUCUGGCCUACCUCAUGAGUACCAAGCGGCUGCAGCUCGAAGAGGCAUUUGACAUCAUCAAACAGCGCCGCUCCGUCAUCUCACCCAACUUCAGCUUCAUGGGCCAGCUGCUGCAGUUUGAGUCUGAGGUCCUGUCUUCGACACCCAUUACCGCGCCGACGACCCCAGAACCCGCCACCGAACCCGCCACACCCUGUUGCAUCGGUAAAGAGACAGUCUCCUUCUUUGGGAGUUCGAAAGAGUUCACAUUCAACAACAAUAACUUUGACUUUGAACCUUCCACAGUUUUCGCCCCCCUCCCUACCUCCUUCCUCACCCCCAUGCCUCUUCAGACUCCUCCACUCCGCCAGUUCAAAUUGAGCCCUAUAACUGCACUGCCUUAAAAUGUGACUGCUUAGUAGGUCUCAGAUUACUUGAAAAAUAACAAAAUACAAAUAAAAUGCUCUAUUUGUCUGGUGCUGGCACAAGCCAGUAAUGUGGAAUGGCUGGCUAUACAGAAACAAAGACUGAGAGAAGAUAUUGCGUUGAUCGUCUAUAUGGGAUUUUUCAUUAAUGUUGGGAAAAGUCCCUGAAAUUCAGACUACAGUCUUUGUUUGAACUUUAAACUGCAGCGUGAAACCACAAAGACUACUGCAAUAAAUGCCUUGGGUUGAUAAUGUGAUGUUUUGCCUAAUCACAAGCCGUAUCAAGGCAUUCUAACCUAAUUUAUUUGAUACAUCUUGCCUGUUUGUCCAUCCGAUUGUCUGUGUUUUUUCUAAAUACAAAUGUGGAUGCCAAUAAAUGUUUCCACCAAAAA